UGUAUCUCGUGUGUCAUCCCUCUCAAGCAAUACACUUGCAAUACCAUGGGGGUACUAGACCUGAUGUUGCCGUGGAUAACUCGUGCGGCGGUUCUUGUGUCGGUCGUGCUGCUGACUCUCACCACCCUCCACAGGCACUCGGAUAUCCCGCUGUCGCAGGCAACCCUGAGAGUGGCACAUCUCUGCUCCUUCAGCGUGUGGUUCGGAACAAGCGUCUGGGUUUCGUUCAUUGCUGGAAUCGUGCUCAUGCGAGCGGUCACCAUAGAAACCUUCGGCCUGGCCCAAGCCAAGCUCUUCGACGCGUACUUCAAGUUCAGCCUGCUCUGCUUGGCCGUAGCAGGCUUCACCGGCGCGGCACUAAGUUCCUCGUCCUCCGCCCGGAGCGAUGGCGAGGACGGCAGCGCCGUUGGCACCACGCCGUUCCUCGUGGCCGUCGCGUGCGUCGUGGCCAACCUUGUGUUCUUCAGCCCCCAGACGACCAUUACCAUGAUGGAGCGGAGCCGGGUCUGCAAGGAGUUGGGCGUGGACCGUACAUCCCCUGACCCGCGGGUGCGGAAGCUGAGCAAGAGGUUCGGCAUGUUUCACGGAAUAACGAACCUCAUCAACCUGGUCGCCUUGGCUUGCGGCGCCAUCCACCUCUGCGCGCUGGCCGAGAGGCUCAGCUUGUAGUCUGUCACAGCUGAAUCGCAGCUUAUUCGCUCUUUUCUCUUCGUGUAUUCUUGUAGUUUGGUGUGGUGGCAAAGCGAAGUUAGCUGCUGUGGUAGUCUCUUGGACCAAGAAAGAUAUUCCAUGUUCUCUUCGAGUACUCUGUAGCCGAUGUCUGACGCAGCUGCGUUUGGAAUAGGCGCGUGUGUUGAAGGUACGUAAAAGCUCAUGUUAGAAAUUAGACUGAUUGUCCCGUGGGUAUCUUGCGGGUGUAAAACGAGUUAUGGAAGCAGGCGUGUUGAAGAUCUUGUAAUCUACUGGAAGCUCUGCGUACACCGUAGAACUAACGGGCUGGGGUAGGCCCGGGCCAGAGAAUUCGAACAGCCUCGUUUAUCUUUUUCAAAUGUGAAGGGCGAGGCGUGAUCACAGGUUAUAGCUCGAUCGACUCUACCGCGAAAGGAUCGGCGUGUACCGAAACUAAGGCUCUUGCGCACUCGUUCC